AUGCCAAUAUUACAAAGAAAGUUGACAUCAAAAAGUGUCUCUAAAAACUUUCAAUUUUUCUUUGAAACACCUAGACCUUUGAUCAACCAUAAAUCAACACGUGUCAAACUUAAGCUUGAGAACUUUUUCCUUAACCAUAGUACAAUUAUUAUUGUUUUUUGGUAUAUAUAUAUAUUAACAUUUUGCUUUAGAAAUCUCUUACUAGAACAAUUUGCUUUGAACAUUCUGAAAAUCACUUCAAAAUUCAAAUUAAUCUCCUUCAUUUAUCUUUGCAAUAUCAAAAUUCUGAAUUUCACCAUUUUGAAUUUUAUUUUCACAGAUACAUAUAUCCUCUCUAUGAUUUAA